AUUUUAAUUUUAAUACGUAACAAUUGCAAUGGGACUUCUAUGCAUCCAUGAUUUGGAGAGUAGAGGAUGUUAAAAAUAACAAAAGGUUUAAAGAAGAAAAAGAAAGGCAAAAAGAAAUCUAAAGACGCAGAUUUAUUCACUGAAGAAGAAUUAGAACAAUAUCGAAGAGAACAUUCAGAGGCUGGUGAAUCAUCUACAGCACCAAAAACUGACAACGAUGAGUGGUCGAAAUUCAACGCACUUACAGCGGGCGUUGAUUCCAUUUUGAAAAAGACUCAAGGAGAUUUAGAGGCUAUUAAAGAAACUUCAUUUUUUCAAAGGGUAACUCCAGCUGCUAGAAGAGAACAAGAGAAAGAACAAAAGGAACAAGAUAAACCGCCAGAAGUCGUUGUAACAGAAGUACCUCAAACCGACCAAGUAGAAGUUCUUGACGGUGUUGUUAAUUUAGAAGAAUUAGAAUCGGAAAGUGAAUAUGAGGAAGAGAGUGACGACAUUUUUGACACAUCUUUUGUGGAUGUUGUAGAAAGUGGCGAAAUACAAUUGGCAUAUAUUCCUGAUUCUCCGACUGAAGAAGAACUAGGACCAGAUCCGUUUGAUACAUCGUACGCCGACAGAGUUAUUAAAGGCCCCGAGGUUUCUAAGAGAGGUAAAAAACUUGUUAGUAUUGGAUCUGCAGUUGAAGUUUUAACUGGUAGGGCAGAAAUACCGACAUCUUGUGUGAAAAGACCAAAACGUCGUGGGCCACAGGAUCUUUUGCUUGAAGAAACUGACGAGGUACCAGUUGCAGAUGUUACAGAAGCUGCAAAAUCUAUAAACGUACCAAAAAGUCUUCUUGAUGAUGAAGUGGAGAUUCCAGAUGUACCUAUUGACUUAAGUGUUUCACUUCAUCCACCUACACCCGUUGCACCUGUUGCACCCGUGAAUGCAGAACUAGAAAGUUUUGAACCAAAAAUCAAUGUUGCAGAGUUUGAAACAGAUGAUGUCGAUGAUGAAUUUGCGCAAUUAGCUGCCGAAUCGAUAUCAAAACCUAAAGAAGAAGUAUUAGAUUUUACAUCAAUAAGUAAAGAAGUACUCAAGACAGUAGAAACUGACGGUUGGGCCGCUUUUCAAGAUUCAAAUUGUAACUCUAGUGACAUUGAAGUAUCAGCUGUCAUUAAGAAACAGCCACCAGCUAGACCGAUUCGAGGUCCAAGUGUAGUGAAAUUUGAAGAAAUCAAAGAUAUUGAUGAUUUAGAAUUAACUGAUGUAGACCCAUUCGAUACAGCGUUUGCAGAAAAUAUUUUGCCAGGAAAAGUUGAAUUAAAACUUAUAGAAAAAGAAAUACUAGAUGAUUUUGAUUUUGAUCCAAGAGCAGAAGAAAAAAAUCCUUCAAAAUUUAACAAUCGAAUUUUAUCAGGUGUCCACAUUCAUGUAACUGACCCAGCUGGAGAACGAGAAUCAAUUUCAGGCUUGUCAGAUGAACGUGUCUCAGAAAAUGAUUUAUCUGCACUGAAAGUAGGCCACAGAGACUUGUUGGGUGGAAGCACAACUGAUUUAUCACAACUUGCUGAUGCUCCCAUAAGUCCUAAAGAAGUUUUGUCAGAUGAUUAUUUAGAAUAUUGCGAUCCAUUCGAUACGUCUAUUGUAGAUCAAGCUGUAAUACCGGGUCGAACUGAAUUGAAGUUUUUAGAAAAAGAAUUACUUGGCGAAGAAGGUGGUUUAAAACAUUCUUUAAGCGAUCCAGACUUCGAUCCUCGCGCAGAGGAAAAGGAACCUGUACCGCAACCUGCUUUAAGAAAAUCAUCCAGACCUGAUAUUUUACCGGUCAACAGCAAACAAGUUGUAUUUGCCGUUCCUGGUUUAAAUACCGAUGAAAGUGAACUGUUAGGUUGUUCACAAAAACCUGGAAAACCUGUAACACCUUAUUACCCUAAAGUUACAUUGUAUUCACAAGUGGGCGAACAAGAAGGUCAAGAGCAAGUAGCAGAAUCAGCAUUGACACAUAGUUUAUCAGACCAAGACUUUAAUCCAAGAGAGGACAUUGAAAUAUCAAAACCUACUCGCCGCCAUUCUGAUUUUACCUCGCAUUCGCUAAAUUUAGAUUCAACAUUUAAACCAGAUCUAUUGUCUGUUGACGAGGAAUUAUCGGAUAAAGUCCUUACACCAGCUGGCCCGCAAGAAGUCGAAGAAGAGUUUACGUAUGCAGAUCCUUUUGAUACAUCUAUUGCAUGUGAUUUAAAACCAGGCAAAGCCGAACUAAAGCUUUUAGAAAACGAACUAGCUAUAGAUCAAAAUACAACGACAAAAGUUACAGCCUCUUUCGAUUUACCAAAGACAAUUUCUCAGCCCCAAGAUUUAUUAAGUCAUCCGGCAAGUUUGGUGGAAGCGAAACCUUUAUCUCCACAACCAAUCUCGGAGACGACUGAAAAGUUUAUUGCUGAAUUUAGUUUGGACGACGAUAUAGAUCCGUUUGACACGUCUAUUGCAAAUAACAUAGGACCUGGCAAAACUGAAAUAAAAUUGCUUGAAUCUGAGUUUAUUGACAAAAAUGUUAAGCCAUCAAAUCCAUUUUUGAUGGAUGAAGAUUAUGAAACUGAAGGUAAUGUUCCUGAUAAUCCAUUUGUAGGCCAAGAUACCAAUCCAUUUGCUUGCGGGUUUGAGGAAGUCGAUUCAUCGACUGUAGCAUCUAAUUUUUUCACUACUAUGGAUACAAUGCCUACAACAAUGGCUGACAUCAUUUAUGCGCAAGCUGGUCAAGCGAUUGAUACUGUUACCACAGACAUACUACUUUUUGAUGAUGGUGGUAUGGAUUUACAAAAUAGCGAGACAUAUCAGCCGCAGAAGCCAAUGGAUUUGAAUCUAAAGGAUAAAAAUCGAAUAGCUAAUGAAGAUGAAGCAUUAAAUGCAUAUAGUAGCGAAGAAGAAUUGAACAGAGCUUUAAAAAAGAUUCCACCUGCCCGACCGACUCCACCAUCAAAAGAAACGCAAGAUCUAAUAUUAUCUGUAACUGGACAUAUGGAACAGACUAGUUCUCAUUUAUUAGAUCGCCUUCCUGCCACUAGAACACCAAGUCCAGUAUCUAUGCGCGAUUUACAUUCUCCUAGUCCAACACCAGAAAAUACAUUUGGAGAAUUUUUGAAUAUAGAACCCAAACCAAUCGUGCCACAACCAGAGCAACCGGUGGAAAUGAACUUCUUUGAUUUGGAUGAUGAUAAUGAUAAAUCAGUAGCUUCUCAACCUAUUUCUUUAAAAAGUGAUAAUCCUUUUGCUGCUGAUGUAAUGGAAUCAGGGUCUAUUGCUCAAGAGUUCAUUGACCAUGGAUCUAAUAUAUUCAUGCAAGAAAUAUCUCAAUCAACGGUGCCACCAAAACCCUCGAUACCACCACAACCAGUAGUACCACCACAGCCAGUAGUACCAUCACAACCAAUACUACCACCACAACCCGUAGUACAACAAUCUAUGCAAAAUGUACCUCCUUCAAGACCUGCACCUCCAGUACGUCCUGCUCCUCCUCGACCACAACCCCCAGCAAGACCCGUCUCUCCAAGUGUUCAAAAUAUACCCCAAAGACCGCCACCGCCUGCAAGGCCGAUAACACCUGUACAGCAAACCAAUGAUAACGACCUUCUUGACAUGUUCGGAGAAAAACCAUCUGCUCCUCCACCUCCAAAGUCAAAAGCAGACAUAUUAAACUUAUUUUCAGCAAAUACUACCAACACUGCACCUCCUACUGCUGAUUUAUUAAGUGAUGACAGUUUUCUUGUAGCGGCGGAAGCCCCACCGCAAAUAACAGAAGUCGCACCACUGACUACAGCUCCGUUAUCUGCACCAAUUGUUUCGGCCGCGCCAACUGUACCUGCUCGAAGAAGUAAUGAACCGUCACCCGCGAUCACACCUACUACAAAUCCGUUUGAAGUUAUGCCCGAUGAAUCGGUUAUUAAUGAACCCGUGCAAGUUCAGCAAGUUCUAAGUUCUCAAACAUCUCCUCAAAGCUAUGUUGAAGCUGGUCAGAUUUGCACGGAAACAGAACAAAAUUAUACGGAACCUAUUUAUCAGCCAGUAAUAUCUGACGUAUCGGCAGUUCCUUCGCAAAUAGCUUCACCGCCUAAGUCGACUUUGUCAACUGACGACGCAUUUGAUGCAUUUGCGGCCAAGUUUGAUUCAGCUGAAGAUCGUAGUUCAUCUGGAGCGGAUCCUUUUGGGGGAGCAGGAGGUGCUAGCGCAUGGGGAGGAAUGGAUGUCGACUCAUCGGGUGCAGCAUCUGGUUUUGAUGCAGAUGACGGUGGGUUUGAUGCUUUUUUGACUAUGAGUGAACCACCUCCAGUGCCGCAAGGUACGCCUGCAAGACCUUAUGGUAGCAAAGCCGAAUCCUUGGAUUCAGAAGAAGGAAAAGACUUUUCAAUCUUUAUAAAGCCUAAAAAUGGCGAUGCUUUAUCUUCGGAAAGUGUCACUCCAGCAUUAGCACCUCCACCUACGCCAUUAACAGCUGCUUUAACAGAUACAAGCCCGCGAUUUAAUCCAUUCGAUAAGAGUGAAACAUAUAAUGAGCCCCCAACGUCAUUACCUAUGGAACAAGAUGGAUCAUCGAUGCAAAGAACUGAUUCACAGGAAACCCCGCCCACACCACUUUUUGAUGAAGAUGUUUCCCAACCAUUGGAAGAUUUUCCAAGAGUUAAAUACACUGGUGAAGGCUGGGAUAUGCAGUUACGUCAACCGAAUAAAAAGAAAAUUACUGGCCAAAGAUUCUGGAAGAAAGUAUUUAUCAAAUUGGUGUAUCAAGGUGACAGUCCUGUGCUUUUAUUAUACAAUAGUUCAGGAGAUAAAGAGCCUUUUCAAGAACUUCCGUUGCAAGCAUGUUAUUCCGUAUCUGAGAUAGGCGCGCAACAAUACGAUACAUUUGGAAAAAUAUUUACAGUAAAACUUCAGUAUGUUUUCUAUAAAGAAAGACCUGGUGUUCGACCUGGCCAAGUCACAAAAGCAGAAAGGAUAACGAAUAAAUUAAGCCAAUUUGCUGCUUAUGCAAUUCAAGGAGAUUAUGCAGGUGUUAAAGAAUUUGGUGAUCUUAAGAAGUUAGGUUUGCCUGUCGAACAUGCACCACAGAUAUCACAAUUGUUUAAACUGGGAUCACAAGAAUACGAAGAUAUGAAACAGUUUUCAAUGUGUAUCGAAGAAGCCUUGUUUAAAAUGUCAGCACAUCGCGAUCGUGCACUUAACUAUAAAAUGGAAGAAGUUCAAAUAACUGCUGUGGACGAACUAUACGUAGAACAAGAUGCAGAGGGUAGAGUGCUUAAACAAAUCGCCAGGGUGCGAUUAUUUUUCCUAGGAUUUUUGUCAGGCAUGCCUGAUGUUGAACUCGGCGUAAAUGAUAUGCGAAGGCAAGGCAAAGAAGUUGUCGGUAGGCAUGAUAUUAUACCAGUUGUCACUGAGGAAUGGAUUAGGCUUGAAAAUGUAGAGUUUCAUGCCUGUGUUCAACAAGAAGAAUUUGAAAGAACUAAAAUAAUCAAAUUUAAACCGCCUGAUGCUUGUUAUAUUGAAUUGAUACGAUUUCGAAUACGACCUCCUAAAAAUCGAGAACUUCCUCUUCAACUCAAACCAACUAUGUGCGUGACGGGAAACAAGGUGGAGCUUCGCGCUGAUGUUUUGGUACCCGGUUUUGCAUCCAGAAAAUUGGGCCAAGUACCUUGCGAGGACGUAAUGAUUCGGUUUCCUAUACCGGAAUGUUGGAUAUACUUAUUCCGUGUUGAAAAACAUUUCAGAUAUGGAUCUGUGAAAUCAGCUCAUAGAAGAACCGGUAAAAUAAAAGGAAUCGAACGUUUCUUAGGGGCUGUUGAUACAUUACAAGAAUCUUUGAUAGAGGUAACUUCGGGGCAGGCAAAGUAUGAACAUCAACAUAGAUCCAUUGUGUGGAGGAUGCCGCGAUUGCCCAAGGAAGGCCAAGGUGCAUAUACGACUCAUCAGCUGGUCUGUCGCAUGGCUCUCACCAGUUAUGACCAAAUUCCGGAAAAAUUGGCCGAUUGGUGUUACGUGGAAUUCACAAUGCCAGCGACCCAGGCCUCCCACACGACAGUGCGAUCUGUGAGUCUUCAGGGAUCUGAUAGCGACGAACCGCCUGAAAAAUAUGUCAGAUACCUGGCGCGGCAUGAGUAUAAGGUCGGAAUAGAGCAUACACAGGGCGAAGGUCCAGGGGCGUACACCGCUGCAACCAUAACACAACGACCCUGCGCCGUUAAGGAGGAACCGGCCGAGCCAGCAGCACCCGCAGCACCUUCCGAUACUGAUUCCGACUCUGAUUAA